AUGCAUCAGUCAAAUGUUAAUCUUCUUGAUCUUCCUAAUGAAAUAUUACUUAAAAUUUUAAAAAUCCUUAACAAUAUAGAUUUUCUCUAUUCAUUAUUCGAUAUUGAUAAUCAACGAUUUGAUAUGAUAUUACAAGAAAAAACUUUUACCACAAGUCUCAAUUUCGUAUUAACAACAUCAUAUGAUAGUGUUUCGUCGAUUGCUGAUUCAAUAAUUGAUCGGUUUUGCAUUAAAUCUAUGGAACGUAUUUUUCGUGUUGCUGAUUAUCCUAAUCUAACUGAACUUAAACUUUAUAAUGUUAACAAUCAUAUUAUUUCACAAUAUUUUACAAUUUUUAGUCAUGUUACAGAUUUGAUGGUACAUGAUAUAAUCCCAUUCGCACAUGAAUUUUUUCUUCGAAUCGCGCGCUUUUUUCCUUUCCUUAAAAUAUUAAGUGUUAUUAAUUUUGAACCACAAUCAAGGAUGAAAGACUAUUGGAAUAUUGACAAUAAUCCAUUGUAUUCAAUUGUUGAAUAUCCAAAUCUAAUUUCACUUGAUCUACGGUCGAGUUAUAUUCAUUAUGUCGAACAGUUUCUCGAUCAGAAAAGAACACAUCUACCACGUCUAACCAAAUUAGCAGUCAAUUAUGAUGGAUUAGAAAUGGUAACAUUCGGCUUUACAAUCGAUGCAAGACAAUGCAAUUGUACUCAAGUGAAAGAAUUACUUUUUGAAAGACCAUUAGUACAUAGAAAACAUUUCUAUGAUUAUUUUCCUCUCUUGUAA